AUGCAGUUGAUUCGUCACAUCGAAAAGCAUGAGGACUUUUUCCUCCCUAGCCCAGAUGAUCUUGCCUUUGGCAUCCACGACAAGCUCUACAGCAAGGAAAGUGCGUUAGCCUUUUCGGAGGUUGAGGCCCGUUUCCCUGCGACGGAGAUCCAACGAGACAUUCUCGGCGAAGAUGUCCAAUGGGCGGAAGUUGAGCUCUUUUCCGGGAAGCCAUCUUCCUUUGGUCUCGAAAAUAUCUUCAAUGCCUGGAAUUCUCUGGCCUCACACCAUGUCUGCCUCCGAUCCUACAUCAUGAUUGAUACCAAAUCAGGCCAACCGCAGGUCGUCGUCCUCCGACGUGUUGAAGGCAUCAGGUGGAAUCAUCCUGAGAAGAGUUCCAUUGAACUCAGCGAGACUCCAGCAUACGUGACAGUUGAGAGCACUCGCCGCCGGGAUGGAAUUAGCCUGGUGCUUCAUUUCCAUCGAGCUUUGAUCGAUACAACGUCUUUGCACAUGAUCAAGCUCGACUACGCUCUUCAAGUACAUGGGUUGCCAAGCCUCGAGACUGCCGGAUUCGCCACAUAUGUCCGAUAUAUCGACCAACAAAGAAAGAACAUCAAAGCCUCUAGAGCUUUCUGGAUUGAGACCCUCGCCGACACUGUCCCGCAGUCUGUAUUUGGCGCUCACGCUGGUGGACAGUCCCAAAACAUCACCAGAGAUAGGCAUGGUGUCAGUGCUGUCAUCAGUGGACCGGAACUAGCGCAGCUGAACGACCUCGAAGCUCACCACGGCCUGGGCUCUUGGCGUCAGACAUUCUUCGAGGUCGUGUGGGCACAUGUCAUCCGUACUCAUACUGGCUCCGACGAUGUCGUUUUUGGUACAGUUCGACGAGACGAAAGCUUCAUCGGCUCAGACACCUGCGUCGGAUGUGUUGAUCAGACAUAUCCCGUCCGCUUCCACGUUGCAGACGAUCAGGGCCUCGCCAUCCGUGAGGCUUCCAAGGCUCUCGACUUGUAUCACAGCGAAGCUGGUCGUCAUGCCUUCGUAGGACUCAAAGAGAUUCAACGCCACGCCGAGAACGUCCGUUUAGUGGAGACUGCUGUCAGUUAUAGUCAAACGACAAACACGCCAUGUAUUGCUCCUGGACUGCGACAGUUUCCCGUCGUUCUAUGCAUCAGCGAUAGCGGCGUGCUGAGGCUUACUCUCAAGUGCAAGGCUUACAUCCCUCUUGAAGAGAUUGAGGUUGUACUUCAGCACUUCGUUUCCGGUAUCGUUAGUGCUGCAUCCAAGUUGAAGCUUGCAGACGACUGCAAGCUGGUGGCCUCUGAUCUAACGUCUGAGGAUGAGCAACGAUUCAUCAUGUCGCAGUCGCUGGCUACGCGCACUGCUGAACCCACGACUAUCCCGGCUCUGUUCGAGAAAACCGCCGCUGCCUUCCCCGAGAGAAUCGCAGUUGAGUCGGAGGGCAGUGCACCUGUCACGUUCCUCGAGCUCAACAGCCAAGCCAAUUUGCUUGCGAGAAGACUGAAGUUAACAAGGGGAUCAUACGUACCCAUCCUCGCCGAGAGAUCCUUGGAGCUCGUCAUCGCGAUCUUGGCCGUACUCAAAUCUGGCGCAGCCUACACGGUUCUCGAUCCCGACACACCGUCCAACCGCCUUGAGCAGAUCAUUGACGACCUCAAACCAGCCACCGUUUUGGCCAGCCAUCGGUUUGCUAAUGUGCUCGAAAACGCCAGAGACAUCCAGCAUGUGCUCCAUUCUUCUAGACAUAAUUUGUCUGGUCCUUCACCUGAUGAGUUGAGCAAUCUUGGCAUCGAGAUUCACCCCGAAGACCGUUGCUAUGUGAUUUACACAUCUGGCAGCACAGGAAAGCCGAAAGGUGCUGUCCUUACACAUCGUGCUGCUACAAGCGGCAUGGCACAUCAAUCACUGAACGAGCUUGAACGAUGGCUUCUGUUUUACAAUCCCAGCUUCAGCGCCGCUCAACGUACUAUUCUGGGCACGCUUGUGCAUGGAGCCACCUUAAUCCUUGCCAGCAAGGAGUCCCUGACCGAUGAUCUUGCCAGUGUCAUCAACAAGUUCUCGGUCGACUCCCUUGGCAUUACUCCAUCUGCUCUGUCACUUUUGCAGCCAAGUGACGUCCCCGGUCUCAAGCAAAUCACUCUGGUGGGCGAGCAAAUUCCGCAGGAUCUUGUUGAGAUUUGGUCGGCGCAAAAUGGCCUACGUCUUAGGAACACCUAUGGGCUCAGCGAGUGUACCCAGCUCAAUUUUGGAAAAGAAAUCCAGCUGUCAUCAGGAAGCACCUUCAACCAUCGCAUAGUUGGGUCUCCAGCCGAUACCACGGACGCAUUCAUACUUGGCCAAGGGAACGGACAGCUUGCGCCUUUACUUGUCGCGGGUGAGCUCUGUCUUGCUGGUCCACAGCUCGCUGAAGGCUACCUCAAUGAAGCAGCACUCACAGCGCGCGCCUUCGUCGACAACCCGUUUGGUGCUGGCAAACUUUACCGGACAGGUGAUAGAGCCCGUCGACUUGCAGAUGGCCAGAUCGAGAUCCUGGGACGAGCGGACAUGCAAGUCAAGAUCAAUGGCCAGAAGGUCGAACCUGCAGAGGUUGACCGACUGUUGCGCUCUAUUGGUGCCGUCAGCGCAUCUGUCACUCUGGGCAUCAGCCUGAAUGAUCGUAAAAUACUGGCUUCAGCUGUGGUUCUUGCAAGCGACGCGAUUUUUAGAACUUCGGUGAUCGCGGCCAGAGAGCACUUGCACCAGAGUUUGCCUGGCUACAUGGUGCCCAGCAUCUGGUUCCCUGUCACGGAGAUUCCCAAGAAUGCCAAUGGGAAGAUCAACUACGCUCACCUACGGAACUCAGCCGAGGAGCUAGGAACCACUGGGUUCGCUAAACUCAUGGAGACUGACGACGAUGAUUAUGUUGUUGACAGCGUUGCCGACGACACGGAGGUGGCCAUCGCAUUGGCUUGGUCAAGCGUUCUGAGUAUCGGCCCAUCAGCCAUCAAACGAUCGCACUCGUUCACAGACUUGGGUGGAUCAUCCAUUGAAGCCAUCAAGGCUGUCUCUGAGCUUCGGAAAGCUGGCCUAUCCGUCGACCUGAGUGAGAUUCUGGGGGGAGCAUCUCUUGAAACAGUGGCAGCUCGGUCACAAGCUUUCAACGCCGAGUCUCAGCAAGAACCAGCCUCUUUCGCGCUUGUUGCAGACCCUCUUCUUGCUUCCGACUUGCAACGUAACUCGAACAUCAUUGACGCCUAUCCUGCUACACCAUUCCAGGAGACUAUGUUGGCGUCUUUGAACACACCAUCCGAUCCGUAUACUUAUUCUCGAACUUGGGAUGUUAGUGGGGUCGACCUGCGAAAAUUGAGAGAGAGUUUUAACCAAGUAUUUCGUACUCGGGACAUCCUCCGCGCGGUCUUCCUUCCACACAAACGAUCUUUUUUGCAGACGAUUCGCAACGAUUUAUCUCUUCCGUGGCACGAGUCCUUAGAGUCCCUAGAGUCCUUCACUCUGCAUAGAAAGACUCAACAGUGGGAAUUGGACGCCCCUCUAUGGAAGGUCACAGUUCUCACUGGUAAAGUCCUGAUUGUCACAAUGCAUCACUCGCUCUUUGACUACUGGUCUCACAAGUUUCUGUACGAAGAUGUGGCAUCAGUCUAUCUGGGCAAGUCCACCAUAAACCGGCCAGCCUUCAGCAACUUUGCCAGACAUCUGCAGUCCCAAGACAACACCGCCAACGAGAUAUUUUGGGCGAAUUAUCUCGAGGGGGCGCAGACUGCGAAGUUGAAUCACUCCCCGGGCGAGGAAGCCAGCAAGAUUGAAGUUGGACUCAGUUUCAGUGUCAGCGAGCAAGCUCGAGGUAUUGGUUCUACACUUGGCGCAGUGGUCUACAGUGCCUGGUCGAUUCUGCUUUCCCACCAUUUGCGGAGCGACGAUGUCACAUUUGCAACAACGAUCUCCGGAAGGGAGGUUCCCGUGGCCGGCAUACAUGAAAUCGACGGUCCGACCAUGACCUCGGUGCCCCAACGCGUCAAAGUCGAUCCCAACUCGACCGUCAGAGAUCAUUUGAAGAAGACACUAUCAGGGUUCGCCCAACUGCUUAAACAUUCGCAAUUUGGGAUCGUUGGCGCUAUGCGUGCUGGAAACCUGCCCAGUCAAGCACUCGACACACUUGUCAAUAUUCUUGUCAGCCAGGGCGACACGGAGAGUGGUCCAGGACCAAACGUUGAAGAGGUUUUCCGGAUGCAUGGCCGUCGACCUCAGUGGGCGUCUGGCUCUGAUACCACUGUGCUUGAAGUAGAGGAGGCAACGACAACUACCAUUCGUUUGAUCAGUACGAUGGAACCUCGCAGGCUGGAAUUCCUCAAAGAAUCCUUUAUCAAAAUCCUGAACAUUUUACUGAGUCAACCUGACACGAAGCUUACGUCCGUGUCAGUACUGGGCAAUGCAGAGACGGACUACACGUCCAACACGCUUUCGAAUCGCACACGGCUUCAAGUUCCUGAAGCAGAGCUCCUCCAUAGUGCAUUUGAGAGGAUCGCAGCCAGUGCUCCGGAUGCUGUUGCCAUCGAUUUCGAUGGCAAAGACAUUGUGUCGUAUGCACACCUCGACGAAGUUUCGAACCGAUUUGCCCACACUCUCAUUGCUCAUGGCGUCUUUCCAGGAGAUCUGGUGCCUCUCAUGCUUGAAAAGUCAGUCGACAUGAUGGUUGCCAUACUAGGCGUCAUGAAGGCGGGAGGAGCAUAUGUCCCUCUGAGUCCAGACAACCCGAAUGAAAGAAAUGGCUUUGUGGUUUCUGAUACCAGAGCGAAGCUUCUCGUGGCUCAUCCACAGCAUGCAGACUUUGGUGUUUACGUCAAGAAACUUUAUGGCAUCGAAACCUUGGUCAUGCCAAGUCCCGAAAUGCUGAGCAGUGUCACGAGCAACGGAUCCGAUGCAAAUGUUCGGCCGACCACACUCACAACGCCCGACAACCUCGCAUACAUGAUCUACACAUCUGGCAGCACUGGCAUGCCCAAGGGGGUCAUGGUGCCUCACCGAGCUGCCGCGGCUGCCGUCACCAGUAUGGCACAGGUCGAGGGCCGAUUUCAGGGCACAUGGCGCACUCUGCAGUUCGCCAACUACGUCUUCGACGCCUCUGUGCAAGACUUCUUCAACACGCUUAGCACCGGCGGUACACUCUGCAUGGCGCCCACUGAAACCUUGCUUUCCGAUAUUGCUGGAUGUAUCAAUCGGAUGAAUGUGAGGCAGGCAAUCAUCACACCAACGGUCGCGAAGCUCUUCAGCCCUGAAGACGUCCCUGGCUUUGAGACUCUGAUUGUGGGCGGGGAACCCCUAACUCCAGACGUGGUUGAUGUCUGGAGCCCUCACUGCAAGAUCUUGAACGUGUACGGCCCGACGGAGACGUCCAUGGUUGUGACGACUAAGAGCAUCGAGCCGUCAUCGAAAGUCACGAGCCAUCGCAUUGGCAACAUUGGCGCUCCCUUCCCGACGGUCAUGGCAUUCAUCCUCAGCCCAGAAGGGGAAACGCUGGUACCAUACGGCGCGAUUGGCGAGCUCUGCAUUGCAGGACCUCAAGUUACCGACGGUUACAUGAACCGACUCGACUUGACAGAGGCGGCCUAUGUCGACAGCAAAUUUCUGGGUGCACGCAUCUAUCGUACAGGAGACUUGGCGCGCUGGCUUCCCGGGGGUGAGAUCGAGUGCCUUGGACGAAAGGACAACCAAGUCAAGAUCCACGGCCAUCGCAUCGAACUUGGUGAGGUCGAAAACUCCAUUCGCCGGUCCGGACUCGUCAAGGAUACCGUGGCAUUGGCUACCGAUAUUCAGGGCAAGGCUCAUCUGAUUGCAUUCUGCGUCUUUGACGAAGCGUCUGCAGCCGUGGGCGCAUCUGGCGUUCAAGAUCCGUCCACUUUCCGAGGCUCUCUUGCUGAGCUGCGUGAAAAUCUGAGUUCACUGGCGACGUACAUGGUUCCAAAGUUUGUUGUCCCGAUGAGUGCCUUGCCCACGCUGCCCUCGCGCAAAGUUGAUCGCAAAGCACUCAAACUAUUGGCCAACGAACUCGAAAGGGAGUACUUGGCGCAAUGCGUGCUCGAGACCCCUGGCGAGGACCACGAGGUCAUUCCAGUCCAGACAGCAUCUGAAGAGGUCUUGGAGCUUGUCUGGGUUGACAUCUUCGGCGUCCCCCAGAGUCAGAUCGGACGCGAGGCGAACUUCUUCACGCUUGGUGGUGAUUCGAUCUCGGCCAUCAGCCUUACGGGCCAAUUGCGGCGGGUAGGAUACUCGCUGACGGUGCUUGAUAUUCUGAAGGCCCCCAAGCUAAAAGAUAUGGCUUCAAACUUGCGCAAGACCGAAGCGCGCGGCCCGGUGGUCAAGCGGUCUUUCGAGGUUCCCCAAGCCGUCAAGAUAGCUUCCCAAGAGAAGGGAUUGACAUGGGAUAAAGUUGUCGACCAUGCGUAUCCAUGCCCGCCCGGCCAAGCAGAGUUUCUCAAACAGGGCAGCCGAGAAUCGCAAAUGUGGGCGCUGCAAACUGUGCGACGUAUGACGGCAGACGUUGACCCAGAUACGUGGAUUCAAGCAACUACUCGUCUCACGGAGCUCAACGAGAUAUUGCGGACGACAUGGCUCGAGACCCUGGAAGCUGGCUGGGUCGGUGUUGUUCUUCGCAGCCCACAAUUGAACGUUACCCAGGUGGCCCUGGACUCCGAGGCAGAGUCUUCGAGCUUCGUUGAAGAGUUUUGGCAGGCUCGUUUUGAGUUUGGUCGUCCAUUCAUCAAAUAUGCCGUCAUAACCCACAGCGAUGCAUCUUGGGACCUCGUCAUCAAGAUGGAUCACGCCGUAUACGACGGGACAUUACUGCGUGUGUUUGAUGAGCACUUUGGCGCCAUUCUUCGAGGCGAGAGCGUGCCGCCGCCGGUCGAGUUCCGCGACUUCUCUCAACAUGUCUUUGCAGAAGACAAGACGUCUUGCCUUGGUUACUGGAAAGCAAAGAUGGAUGGUUUGGGGCCCGUCGACCAGCAGCUGCAUGGUCAGGAUCUCGCUGCGGCGUCAUCGCCCAAGAUCACUGCCAGCUUGCGGAGAGACGUCGACACCACAAACAUUGACGUAGCAGCUUCUCGGCUUGGUGUCACUCCGAGCAUCAUCUUCCAAGGGGCAUUCUCCCUUUGGCUUGCUGCAGCAACCGACACUACGGAUGUCCGCUUCGAUUACUUGCUGAGCGGUCGCAACGUAGCGCUGCCGGAUCCCCAAUCAAUCAACGGCACGCUGGCCAACUUUCUGCCAUUCCGAACGCCCGUUGAUUCGAAGGAGUCAGUGCGUGACUUCCUCGCGAAGCUACAGGACGACUUCUGGGAUGUGACUGAGAACGGUCUCGUCGGCCUCGACGACAUUUACGGCGUGACUGGUCUGUCUCGCGGGACACAUGGCAAUCGAGUCUUGUUUCUCUCUCAGCCAUUCGAGCCGGCGGCCAAGGACGACCCCAACGGUCGCUACCGGUGGCUUGUCAUGGCCAAGUCAAAGGUGCGCAUGUAUCAGCCCUAUGCGUUGGUUGUAGAAGUGUCCAAGUCGCUGGGUGAUCGUCAUAUACUGAAGGUCAUGUAUGACGACACCAUCUGGGACCUCGCAGUGGCGGAAAAGAUUGCAGAUGAUAUAGUUGCUCUGAUUGAGGUCCUGACCGACGUUACGACCGGGGACCUGGCGCUUGAAGAGCUGUGA